AACCCGGAAGUGUGAGAGGCGAAAUCUGCCUAGCAACCGGGGAAGCCGGGCUGCGAAGCGGGCAAUUUCAGUGUGAGACGGAGCGGCGAGACCAAGCGGCGGCUUCGAGCGCGGCGCGGCGGCUCCUCCCGCCCGGGGUCAGCGCCCCGGAGCGCGCACGCGCACCCCCGCUGCCCGAACGCGCUCCGCGCCGCCCGCGCAGUCAGUCGGUCGAUCGUCCGUCGUCCUGUCGCUGCCGCGGUCGCCGCCGCGGGCGCCACCUGAGGGAGCUGCCGCCGCGAGACCCGAGCGGACGGGAUCCGACCCUGCCACCCGAGGCCGUCUGGGGCCCAGCAGCCGCCCGCAGAGGGGCCGAGCAACUUCGGUUGGCCAGCACAUUGACAGAAGUUGCCUUUUGACAUAGCUCCCACCAUGGCCGGCUGGUAGGACCAGCGUCCCAUGCCCAGAACCCAGUUCAGAAUGACUGAAGAAGCAUGCCGGACACGGAGUCAGAAGCGAGCGCUUGAACGGGACCCAGUGGAGGACGAUGUGGAGAGCAAGAAGAUAAAAAUGGAGAGAGGAGUGUUGGCCUCAGAUUUAAAUGCUGAUGGAGACACACGAGUGACGCCUGAGUCGGGAGCAGGCCCAGCCCAAGGGCUGCUGAGGGGCACAGAGGCGACGGCCGUGGGCAGAGGCGAAGGGCAGGUGGGCGACGGGCCUGUGGACAUGCGAACCACGCACAGUGACAUGAAGUCUGAGAGGAGACCCCCUUCGCCCGAUGUGAUUGUGCUCUCUGACAACGAGCAGCCUGUGAGCCCGAGGGUGAAUGGGCUGGCCGAGGAGCCCCUGAAGGAGACCAGCACCGAGGCCCUUAUGAAAAGCAGUCCUGAAGAACGAGAAAGGAUGAUUAAGCAACUAAAAGAAGAGUUAAGGUUAGAAGAAGCAAAACUGGUUUUGUUGAAGAAGUUGCGGCAGAGUCAAAUACAAAAAGAAACUCCCACCCAGAAGCCCGCAGGCUCCACUGGGAGCUCCGUGACCACCCCUCCCCCGCUUGUACGGGGCACCCAGAACAUUCCUUCCGGCAAGCCAUCACUUCAGACCUCUUCAACUCGGAUGCCUGGCAGUGUCAUCCCACCACCCCUGGUCCGUGGCGGGCAGCAGACGUCCUCAAAGUUAGGGCCUCAGGCGAGCUCCCAGGUCGUCAUGCCCCCACUCGUCAGAGGGGCCCAGCAAAUCCACAACAUCAGACAACAUUCCAGCGCAGGGCCGCCGCCACUCCUCCUGGCUCCCCGGGCGUCUGUGCCCAGUGUGCAGAUUCAGGGACAGAGGAUCAUUCAGCAGGGCCUCAUCCGUGUCGCCAACGUCCCCAACACUAGUCUGCUCGUCAACAUCCCACAGCCCUCCCCAGCAUCGCUGAAAGGAACAACAGCCACCUCUGCUCAGGCCAACUCCACCCCCACCAGCGUGGCCUCUGUGGUCACUGCUGCGGAUUCUCCAGCCAGUCGGCAGGCGGCCGCCAAGCUUGCACUGCGCAAACAGCUGGAGAAGACACUGCUUGAAAUCCCCCCACCCAAGCCCCCUGCCCCUGAGAUGAACUUCCUGCCCAGCGCUGCCAACAACGAAUUCAUCUACCUGGUUGGCCUGGAGGAGGUGGUGCAAAACCUGCUGGAGACACAAGGCAGGAUGUCGGCCGCCGUCGUGCUCUCCCGGGAGCCCUACAUGUGUGCACAGUGCAAGACAGACUUCACGUGCCGCUGGCGGGAGGAGAAGGGCGGCGCCAUCAUGUGCGAGAACUGCAUGGCGUCCAACCAGAAGAAGGCGCUCAAGGUGGAGCACACGAGCCGCCUGAAGGCCGCCUUCGUGAAGGCGCUGCAGCAGGAGCAGGAGAUCGAGCAGCGGCUCCUGCAGCAGGGUGCCGCCCCCGUGCAGGCCAAGGCUGAGCCCACCAGCGCCCCACACUCUGUGCUGAAGCAGGUCAUAAAACCCCGGCGUAAGUUGGCGUUCCGCUCAGGAGAGGCCCGCGACUGGAGUAACGGGGCUGUGCUACAGGCCUCCAGCCAGCUGUCCCGGGGCUCAGCCACGACGCCCCGAGGCAUCCUGCACACAUUUAGCCAGUCGCCCAAACUGCAGAGCGCAGCCUCGGCCACCGCCCUCGUCAGCAGGACAGGCAGACAUUCCGAGAGGGCCGUGAGCGCUGGCAAGGGCAGCACCACCUCCAACUGGAAGAAGGCGCCCCUGAGUACAGGCGGGGCCCUCGCAUUUGUCAGCCCGAGCUUGGCGGUGCACAAGACCUCCUCAGCCGUGGACCGUCAGCGGGAGUACCUCCUGGACAUGAUCCCGCCCCGCUCCAUCCCCCAGUCAGCCACAUGGAAGUAGUGCGAGCCAGGCCCGGUGGGGAACAGGCUCCCUCCUCCCUCCCACCUGGCCCACCACCCUCCACUCGGGAAGACACCCCGCGCCCCCAGGGGCGAGCGGCGCAGGCCACGCUGCAGAAGUGAGAGCUCCAGUCUUGGCUACAAAGUCUCGUCGCGUCACGGAGGGACGCUUCACAGGUGGACCAGGAUUCACACUGGGGGACCUUUCCCGUGGGCUUCCUUCCUUUCUUUGCCUUUAGUUUGCCCAACACCAGCAGAAAAGCGGACCUCGGGGCCGGCUCUGCUCCUGGCCCUCCCCUUCAGCCCCUGGCAGGGCUCGUGGACGGCGCGCCCAGACACUGUGACACGCCCGGGCAGCAGUGCCCGGCUGCAGAAGUUGAGCGGAGCAUUGUUUUGUUUUGCUUUGCCCCCGUCUUAGCCUCCUAAUUUCUGACUGCCUUUCUUCAUGGCAAUCCCUAGGUUGACAGAUUUUUUAAAAUCACCUCACGAUGAUGGAGUUGAACGUAAACUGUGCAGACCCAGGGUUCCCUGCCAAGCGUGACCCCGGUGACCCCCCAGCCCUCACUCCAGCAGAAGGCCUCUGCUGCUGCUCAUCCCGGAGACACCCUCUGACCUUCCACACUUAAGCAGAAGAACAAACUGCAACCCAGACCUACCCAGAGAGCCUGGGACCCUGGAAGCCGAGUGCCGCCACCCAAGUAAGGGGGGCGAAUCGGCAGCCAUGCCCAGACCCUGAGCAGGAAGUCGGAGGGGCCAGCUGUUGUGUUCUGUGUUGUUGUGGUGAUUUAUUUUAUUAAAUUUUUCCUUUUCUUUUCCUCCUCAUUUUGAUGGACAGCAUCCUAAGCCCUGGCCUGUGCUCCUGUCAGGUGUGUCCGUGUGGGGAGGCGCCCCCACGCCCCCCAGACUUCAGGGUUUAUGUUUGGGUCUAGUUUAGAACCUCCCUUAAAAAGCAGGGCCGUGCUGCCAGGGUUUGCCUUCAGACUUUUGUUUUUAAUCCUCUAGCGUCUACAGAAAUGUCUUACAAAGGAUCAGGUCUGCUCUUAGUUGUGUUUUGUUUUCUCCCACUCCUUAAAAAUCAGUCCAUGAGGAAAGGUAGAAGCUGUUGUGUGUGUGCUGCACAUGGGCCAGCUCUGUGCAGGUGUGAGGGUGUCACGUGUGCAUGCACACACGUGUGGAGAUGGGGUACGCUGCUCCUCACUUCAGCCCCAGCCCUGGUUCUCCUGUCCAUGCAGUUAGGGACUUAAUUUAAAAUCCUUAUUUUGUAGGGCCACCUUCCUCAGAUACACUGCUGUGCCGUUCUAAUAAAGGCUCAUUUAACCCCCCUCAUGCUGUGUGAACAUCAGUGUUUAGAAGACAUUUUUGACAUGCAAUAGAAGACCUAGUUUUGCAAAGCAUUCGAAUUUUUUGUCUAAAGCCCUAAAUUUCUCACUGAUCUUUGUUUUGAGUGCAUAAUGAAGGUGGCCUGAAGGAGGGGAGGGCUGGAGAAGGGUGGCUUUCAUUCCAAGAUCCAGGGAUUUGGGGGAGGGGGGAGUGGGGAAGGGUGUGUUUUUACACCAAAAAAUCAAAGAGUAUGCAAGCAUUUCUAUUCCUCGCAUUUUUCUGUGUGCCUGGCAAAUAAAUACCUGUCUUAUACUACUCUUGAGCUGUUAGCUCUCUCUGUUCAAUGACACGGGCCAAAAUUCCCAAAUGCUACAAGAAGGAGUGCCCAGCUGGGUGAACCGGGCAGACUGACCUCAGUGCUAUGCAGCAGCUCAGGUGUCUCGGCCAGGGUCACCUCAGCACUGGGGGCACCCAGGGUUGCUGCUCCCCCACAGGGGUUGACUGGGUCUGUGACUCCGGGGCUCGAAACCAAGGCACUCGCAUUGGCCCCGGAUCCUCUCCCCAUCAUUCUCCACCAUGCUCAGGAUCCACCUCUCCUCACCUCCUCUGGCCAGACUUCUCCAGGCUACUGACUAGACCUUGUGAGCUGAGUGCAGACUGACCGCCACAGGCAGACGCGGUGGCUGGGCCCUGACCCGUUCUCUGCCUCUUCCAGCCCAGCAUUUGUAGGAACAUUCCCAUGGGUAGGACUUACUGUGACAUAAAUGUAGCUUUUUAAAAAAGGGAUCAAGAAAAAAAGGGGGGAUCCAGAAGGUGAGAUGCCUUAAUCUUGAUUCAUUUCCCCUGUCUCAAAACUUCUAUCCCCCUUUUUUCCUUUAGUUUCCCCUUUGCAUUGUCACUCCUAUAAGCCUCAAGUGCAUGGUUCUGUGCUGAAAUUUAUAAUGUUAUUAAGAAAGAGCAUUAAAUACCAUUCGAGUAUGGGAAGGAUGUUAACAUUAAAGGUAUUCUCCCAACCCCAAAGCCCACCCCUCAAAAUGGGCCAUGGUUCUGGGAUUCUGUAGGCUGAGAGGAUCUGGUUCCCAGGAGAACCAGAGAAUGUGGGAGCCGCCAGUCCCAAAUGACAGUUGUAACUGCCUAGUAAUCUGUGACAGGAACCCCCGGUGGCACCUGGAAACCAUUCAGAAAGUCGGCUGUUCUGUGGACUGGGGUGCAGGGCUCACCAGGCUCCCUUCCCCAUCUGAAAUGGCUGUGUGCGGAGGCCUGUGGGUGCCCGCACAGGUAACUGCGUCCACUCAGAGCUCCCAUGGCUCUGGCCAUCCCGACUGUUGUGGGGACCCUAGUCCUCAGUGUCCCAGGUGUAUCUCUUGGGACCCACACCUUUGACAAGGUCAAGAGUGACUGCUCUGGGAGGCAGGGGUAGGGGUGGGUGGCGGCUCUGGUCUGGAAGCGAAAGGUCACUGGUGCAGAGGGAAUGAAAGAGGCGACGCCCCUGCAUGGCUCCUGAGUGGCCCACAAGUCACUCCUGUGGCUGGAGAAGACGCGGGGAGGGGGUUUCUAUACAAAUCAUACAUUCAUCACAGGCGUGAAUAAUGGAAAGACGGUCCUUGCUGCUCUGCCAUAGGGUUUUUCUUUGAUGCCUAGUUAUGCUGCACAUGGCGUUUGCCUAAAGAAGUUGGACUGAGUUUUUUUUUUAAAGGACAGCUAAAGUUUUAUAAUCCUUGAAGAGUAAUAGUCACACCAAUGUAGGGUAUUUGGGAGGUGGUUUGUUUUGAUUGGGGGGAGGAGAUUGUCACUUGUAUUUAUUGUGACUCUAAGUCUUUGAUAAGAAUGUUAAAAACAAAGUGACCACCAAACCGGCAUAGAAGUUCUAAUAAAUAAAGACGCUGGAAUCAAUGGCUAUAUGUUGUGUCAUGAAGUUUUAGAAUCUGAAGGACAAUAAAGAAAUGGAUGAUG